GUGCUGGCUUAGUAAUUCGGCGAAUAAAAUUUUUAGAACAAUAAAAGUAGUGGAGUCAAAGUCCUGUAACCGAAGAUCGAAGGAGACCGAGACUAGCAAGGAUUUACGUUUCUUCAAAAAUAUUGAUAUUCUCUAGUGUCGUAAAAAGGAUAAUAGUUCAAGUUGUUUCAGUUGUGUCUUAGCUUCCAAAAUAAGCACCAUCGGGGACGACCAAGAGAAGAAUUGUACCAACGGAGUGGAUCUCGACCUCAACCUUGACCUUGACUACAAACAUUGCGGUACCUCCGAGGAUAGCGAACCUUUCCACCACGGCAGAAAAUUUUUGGAAGAUUUCUCUCGACGACCACGGCGUGAUCAAGAACUUCACGCUUCAAUAUUUUUUCGCAACAACUUCUACUUCUGGAAGCGGGUCGCGUGAAGAAAAAUAACUAUAAUUCAAGAAUUCUUUUGCGUCGGUCGGUAUCGCUUCGUAAACAAGAGCGGGCAACAAGAAGAACUACAGCACGAUGGGGUACGGAGAUCGCGCGUACCAUCGCGGCGGAGGACGCGACCGGCCGCAUUCUAACCGGCGUGACCACCGUGGUGGAGGUAUUGAUUUGUUCUUCUUACGUCUCGUACCAAAAAACUGUUUCAACACUGCGAACUUGUGAUGCAUAAAAUGCGCGCGCGGAACUAUUCUCCUUGCUACACCUGCACAAGACAUUGGAUUUUAUUUCAGCGUUCUUUUACUUAGUAAAACAAACCACAAUCAAUUUAGGCAACCACCAUAAGGGAGGCAACCAGAACCACCAGAACAAUCGAAACACGGAUCGCGGCAACAACGACCGCCCGCGGUCUCGGCAGAACAACGACCGGCACAGGAACAACAACAACACCACUCGCGACGAUCGGCAGAACAAUGUGGGCCGCGACGGCCGGCAGACGCAGAAUAAAGAGAACCCGGUUGUACCGGUGAACAAUGUCGAUAGAAACGACAACGGAAUUAUAAACAAGGACCCGACUGCUGAUAACAACAAUAGUACCAAUAGCAACAGCAACACCAAUAACAACGUCCGCCCAGUAGACGGGGGAGGUCAACAUCCACAGUGCGGGGAAAACAACAACAACGACAGCAACACCGGCACCAACGCCAAUGACAACACCAACCCCGCUUUAUUACCUCGGCCAAGCACGAACAACCUGGAUCGACCGGGAGCUAGGCCCGGGUCGAACCGAGGAGGACCCCGCGGCGGGAUGAACUUCGGAGGGAACCACCGGCGGUUUAGCACCAACAACCACACGAACAACAACAGACGUUUCAGCAAUUUCCCGGGCGGCCCUCGGGGCGGGUACAAUCAGAAUCAGCGAGGUCGUGGACCUCCGGGGAACAAUAACAACAUCCCGGUGAGGCGCCGUGAGGAUCAUGAUCGCCGUCGUGGCGCCGGGGAUAAUCACCGCCGUGGCGGACGUGAUCAGCAGCACCAGCAUCGUGACGACUAUUCUCGCGCCGGCUAUGAUAACAACCCCCGCGGCGGGCGCACGAGUCGGAGGCGAGGAGACUACCACCCGAUUAACAACAAUCGUCGCAAUGAUCAUAACCCCCGCCGGCGCGACAGGUCGCCAGGACGAGGUGCGGGUAGUUAUCAUCAUGACCGGAAUCAGGAUCAUCAUGGUCGUCGCGAAGACCAACAUAAUCGGGGAUUCUUCACUACGAAUACUUAUAACCAGAACAUCAAUCGGAAUCGGGCGGGCGGGAACAAUGAUAUUAACCGAGCGAGGAACAGCAAUUAUUUUGGGAACCAUGCAAGAAGGAACACGACUGACGGCCGUGGUCCGAAUAACCACCAACGAGCUCCUGCGCAGCCGCAGCGGAAAGGGAAGGGCAAGAAUGGUGCGGGGGAUCGACAACAGGAACAGCAGGUGCAAGGGCGUCGAGAGGGGAACAAUGGUCAAAUGGGGGUGGACGGUAAAAAUUUAAGUAACUUAACUUUUGUUUAUUUAUGGAAUUAUAGAGCGGCGGAGUUCUACAGCUGGACACACCUGCUCUCCUAGAUCUUUUUGGCAGAUGAAAUAGAAAAUUGGUCGCAUUGGUUGUUCUUUCAAAGAAGAUUCCAAUCCAAAAAUCAAAUCGGUUGAAGGUCCAGCUGGUACUGACGCACACAGUCGCGUCGAUCGUUCCCCAGAACAAGAAUCGGGUGUUGACCAGCACGACCCUGACGGUGCUGACAGUGAAAGCUUCGAAGCCAGCGAGGACCUCCUGGGCGCGGAUGAGAUCAUGAGCCAAGACGAAGAGGAAAACCAAAACCUCGGCAGCACGAACAAAAAAACGACAGUUGGCCGCGGCGAGAACAUUAAGAAAAGUCCGCAACAAGGACGUGGAAAUACUGCGAAUGAAAACAACAUCGGUGCAGCCGCGCCGGUCUCCUCGCCGUCUGAGCGAAACCGCUCUUUUCAGUUGCCCAACCUUUCUCGGCAAGGGAACUCGUCGGGGACGCACAGAAGUUCUUCAGCUGUGGGCACUACACAGAAUAUUGCUGCCGCGUCCGCCUCAAGUAGUGCCGCAGCAGCAGUGCACGACCAGCUGCACGGGUCGAAGGUCGCGAAGCAAGUGGGGGAGGCCCUGCAAAUGCUGAAAUCGGGAAAGAGUUCGCCGAACGUCGUCGCGGUGGUUGGAGGCGCGAAGAGCAGUGUGGAAGACAAGGACACUGCAACCGGAAAAAUGGCGGAAGAACUCGCAUCGUCGGCACUGCCGGUGCUGCGGGAGAACGAUACAGGAGGGGCCGGUAUUUUGAAAAUGUUUUUUGAUGAAACAAAACAGGAACUACAUCAUCGAGGAUUUUGAAUUCAUUUAUGAAAUUAAAAGCAUCUCCAUUUUUGUUUUGUAAGCAAUAUUUUCACUUUGAAAAAACAGCCCCGGGCGCCGUGGGACAAGUUGUAGAGCAGCAGCAGCAGAAGCAAACCACCACUCCAUCGAACAAGAGCCGGCGCGCGAGCGACGCAGCGGGUGGCGAGCUCUUCCUCAGUCCCCGUGCAGCACCACCAGCGCCAGCUGCGGCCGCCGAAGAGGCCGAGCGGGCGAGGUCCCGCGACGUAUGCAUUGCAAAAAUGUCUGGGUCUGGAAGGAUGCAAGGUCUGUCAUGCACAUUUUGCAUGGCUCCUGACGUCUGUGAUGCAUGCCCUAGCAUCACAGGUUUUGUGAGGGCUUCCUGAUGCCUAGACCGCAUGACAUAUGCCCUCUCGCAGUGGCAACAACUGGGCCUCUUAUGCUGUUCAUGCAAUACAGAUUUUUGUAGUUUCCAAAUGCAGCAUCACAAGUUGCAUUCUUCCAGACCCAAACAUAUUUGCAAUGCAUACGACGCGGCCAAUAACCAAAGUCCGCGCGGGAACAACAGCAGUCGACGGGGUUCUUCGCACGGAAGGGGACCACAAGGACUUUUGCAGCACAACAACUUAGACCAGGAUAAAAAUAACGAUGAAGACGCACAAAAUAAUUUUCAAGCGAACAUCAACAUCAACUCGCUCCAGAUCAGCCCCAACAAUCGCAGCGCGGACGGGAGCACCAGAAACUUGUACAGGAGAAAUAGAGGCACCAUUAAUGAGGACCACGAUAGAAGCACUCCUCGGCGAGAAGCACAAGGACAACAACUAGAACGGUUUUCCGCAAGCGCAAGCGGUCGUGGUUCCCGAGUAGAUCAUCGAGGGUCUUUGUCAAUAAACGAACAGCAGGAGGAUAAAAAUGAUGAUGAUGCAGCGCCAAUGGAGGACGAGGACGCGGAGCUGGACGAGAACAUCGAGAACAUCUUCGACGGGGAGGAAGCAAUCGCACCAAACGAUCGUCGUGCCCGGGGAAACACGUCGCUGAGUUUGAGCGCCAGCCCCGUGGCGGUUCGCGGAGAGCAGGAGCAGGGCGAGAACGCUUUAUCAUUUUCGCCCGAGCAGGCCGGCGACGGGGAGAACAUUUCGGAAGAUGACCCCCAGGAGCACGACGACGACGACCCCAUUAGCGACGAGGAGGAGGACGAGUUUUUGAUCAAUCCGAGAAAUGAUGAUGACGACGAGGAUGAGGAUGAAGAUCUUCUUCACGAGCAGCAGGAGCAGCCCGAGCAGCUUCUGGGGCGGGAGGAAGUAGAACAUGGCCGUGAAGAUGCAGAAGCAGGACCCCAGCACGGAGCUGCAGGACUCUUGCACGGCGAAGCCGAGGACGUGGAGAUGCGUCCGGUCUCCUUGGAGUGGCGGGAACAGGAGCGGGAGCGGGACGCUGAAGAUCGUGAUGCUGCUAUCCUGUGUAAAAACGUUCGCACCCCAGAGUUGUCAUGCAAAUCUGCAUGCUCAAACUGUUUGUCAUGCGGAGCCCCAUGAGAAGUGUUUUCCAGCCGUGUCUUGGAUUUUGUAAUGCGCCAAUCAGCAUGAUAUACUAAAUCUGUGAUGGUGCUGAAGUACCUCAAACAGGACUACAUUGCGACUCCAAAUUUGUGACUAUGGGGUGGGGACGUUUUGACAUAGGAUAACUGCUGCGCGGUUCUCUGUCGAGCACGACCGGCGGCGACGGAGCGUACCAAGAAGUCGGGCGAGCCGUGCGAGAUCCUUGGGAGCGCGGCGCGUAGAGCAUGCCGAUGAUUCCCGGCGGAGGAGGUCAGAGCGGAGGGGCGGCGCUGGUGCUGCAGCCCGGGGCAACGCCGACUCACGACGCGGACGCCGCAACUACAAUCGCGAAGAACGCGAGGAGGAUAGUCGCCGGUCCCGGUCGCACCACCGCAGGAGCAGGUACAGCCGGAGCAGUAGGCGCAUAUGAAUUGCAAAAAUGUCUGGGUCUGGAAGAAUGCUGGAGUUUGUCAUGCAGAUUUUGCAUGACCCAUAAGGUCUGUGAUGCAUGCUCUAGCAUCAGAGAUUCUGCGAUGGCUUUCUGAUGCUCAUACCGCAUGAGAAAUGCCCUCUCCACGUAGCAAAAGUUGCGACUCUCUUGCUGUUCAUGCAAUACAGAUUUUGUGUAGAAUCCAAAGGUAGCAUUACAAGCUGCUUCCUUCCAGAACCAGACAUUUUUGCAUUUGAUAGCGCAGCGGGCGCGACGACGACGACGAGGAGCAUGAAGACCACGAUCGGGCGGCGAGUUAUGCAAGAAGAAAACUGUGUAAGUGUAAAUCUGUGAUGCAGAACAUGCCAAACAGUUACACUUGUCAUGCUCGACAUGCAUGUCUGGCUCGCUUCCUAUGUGUGUUCCCUUUGUAUCUACGCAUAGCAAGAAGUUUGUCCUGUCAUGGCAGACAAACUUGUGAUGCUGUUUUCCCAAAAGACUUACACUAACACAGAUUUUUUCUUGGAUACGAGUCACAGCAACAGCAAUGACGACAUCGAGCAUUUCCAGUUUGCAAACCUCAACUUUUUGGGCACGGACAGCAAGUGGCGGAUCGGGGCGCAUCUGGGCGACGGCACGUUCGGCCGCGUGAUCGAGGUGAGCUUCGAGGGGACCCCGGAGGAGCGAGAGGCGCGGGGGCUCAAGGAAGAAAAGUCCUACGCGGCCAAGGUGAUUCGGUCGGGCGAGAAGUACCGGACCGACGCAGAAGACGAAUUCCGCAUACUGCAGCGGUUACAGGACGAAUCCAGUCGGUUCCUGGACGGCGUUUGCGUAUCAAGUGCAAAUAUGUCUGGGUCUGGAAGAUGUCAUGCUGUUUUCGCAUGACACAGAGGGUGCGGCAUGGAAGCCCUAGCCUCACAGAUUUCGAGAAGGUUCUGCAAUGCCUAAUCCGCAUGACAAAUCCCCCACUUUGGCGACAAAAAGUGGGUAUCUUUUGCUGCCUAUGCAUGAGAGAUUUCUGUGUGUUGUGAAAUGCGCAUCACAAGUUCCCUUCUUCCAGACCCAUACAUAUUUGCAAUCCAUAUUGCGAGGGAAAGCACAAAAUCGUCCACCUAGUGGAGCAGUUCAUGCACCCCGCCGGUCCCAACCAGGAGUCGCACUUUGUAAUGGUCUUCGAGAAACUUUCCGUCAGCUUGUACUGAUAUUGUUUUCUGUUUUUCGACGCGCAUUGGUUGUGUGUUCCAAGACGUGCUGAUGAAGUUGGCAGUCGGACGCAAUGAUCAAAUGCUGUAGAAGUGCAUGAUCUGAUGCUGAAGAUGGUACUAGAUCAUGGCGAGCAUUUAUUUUACCGAUGGACAGUUUAUUGCGUGCGGGGGAGUAAUAUGGAACUGAAAGAGUCACCCAAAUGAUAUAUACGAAAAAUCAGGUACGAUCACUUGACCGGAAACCAGUACCGCCCGAUGUACUUGCGGGAUAUUCAGAAGAUUGGGAAGGAUGGGUUCGAUGCCUUAACCUUCAUGCACAACGUACGUUUCUUUGUUAUUGUUACGUACAGUUUUGCUUUUUUCCUCGAAGAUAUUAAAUUUCUGCACCAACAACAUACUUAAUCACUAGUUCGUCUGCUCCAACGUAGAGGCCGCAACGGAGCGUAAUUUCCAAUUUUGCAUGACCCUUCAUUCUGGAUAUAAACAAAAAUAAUAAAAUCGGUAAAAUAAAAUUUGCCGCACUGAACUGUAAAGAAUUCUCGAUCUAAAUAUCAGCUGGGAUGCGUGCACACCGACCUGAAGCCGGAGAAUAUUCUGUUCGAGUAUUCACCAACCCGCACUGCAGACCCGCCGAAACGGUGCUGGAAAGAGUACGAGGCCCAGCAAGUCGGGGGCGAUGAGUACACCCGGUGGAAGCGGAAGUACCGGUACAGUUUCCUGGGCCGCCGCGUGUCCCCGAGCCGUCGGAACCGCGAGGGGGUCUUGGUUAUCAAAUGCAAAAAUGUCUGGCUUUGGAACAAAGCAACUUGUUAUGCUAAAUCUGAAUCAUGUAAAAAUCUGUACUGCAUGAUUUUGAUUACCAAAAGCUUUCCACUUUUGACCUAAUCGAGGCGAGGCAGUUCUUUCUCAUGCAGGAUAGGCGUGAUAGAUAGAAUUCUCACAGUAGAAUCUGUCAUGCUAUGUCCUACAUACCAGACCUCAUCGGUCACGGAAAACCUGCAUGACAAGUCAUCUGGCACUCUUCCAGACGGAGGCACUUUUGCAGUUGAUAUUGGUGCAAGGGUGCUUCGAGGACGGAGAGUACCGCCGCCCGCGGUACGCCAACAUCAAGAUUAUCGACUGCGGCGGGGCUAUCUUUGAGGACGUGGACCGAAAGAGCGAGGUGAUCUCCACCCGGCAGUACCGCAGUCCCGAAGUGAUGAUUGGCGUCCAGUGGGACGCGCGCACGGACGUCUACUCUUUCGGAUGCAUACUGAUGGAGUUGUAUACUGAUCUUUUGAGUGAUGUUUCAGUUGGAUCAUGAUAUGUUUGUAGCUGCAAUUUUCAUCUUGAAGAAGUAUAACUACGAUCAUGCUCCUGCAGCUUGUGUCGAUGAGUUCUUGCAGAAGAAGAAGUAUCGAAAAUUUAAAAUUAUAUAUCAAACACAAACUCACUUGAUCAACACACUUAAAUACAGAUACCUUGGUGACAUUUUGAACUUGACCAGCAGUGGCGGCGGGAGUUCGGGUAGCGGACGCAGCCGCGACUUCCGGUCGAGUAACCCGCGGGAUCUGCAGCAGCUGCUGCAGAUGGAGACCAUAGGCGGGGUAUCAAAUGCAAAAAUGUCUGGGUUUGGCAGAAUCCUAGACUUGUCAUGCACGUUUUGCAUGAGCCAUGAGGUCUGGUAUGUAGGACAUAGCAUGACAGAUUCUCUGAGAUUUCUAUCAUGCCUAUAAUCCUGCAUGAGAAACUGCCUCCUCUCGAUUAGGUCAAAAGUGGAAAGCUUUUGGGAAUCAUGCAACACAGAUGUUUACAUGAUUCGGAUUUAGCAUGACAAGUUGCUUCGUUCCAGAGCCAGACAUUUUUGCAUUUGAUACGGGGGCUUCAGCGACGAUUUUCUCCGCGUGGCGCGGGACUCCACGUUAUGAACUGCAAAAAUGUCUGGGUCUGGAAUGUUGCCGGGUUUGUCAUGCAUAGUUUGCAUGACCACCCAGGAUGUCUGUAAUGCACGACCUAGCAUCACAGAUUUUUAGGGGGGUUCGUCCUGCCUACUCCGCAUGACAAAUGCCCUCUUUGCGUAGCACGAACUAGACUCCCCCUGCUGGUCAUGCAAUACAGAUUUUUUUAGAGUCCAAAGUUAGCAUCACAGGUUGCAUUCUUCCAGACGCAGACACUUUUCCAGUUGAUACACGUUCCGCCGGGCCUUCCGACACCGGCGGAAUCCGGCACGCUCGAGUGACGGCUAUUAAGAACAAAAAUCCCGCCUCCCCAUUACAUCACAAGGGAAAUCUGUGAUGCAGAUUUGUGGCCACAAAUCAGCGCUGUCAUGCUAGAAGGGAAGAGAUGCGGACUGGAGUGCUGGCCGGCGCGCCGGGAAAGCCUUUCGUCUUCAGCAUGACAGGAAGCAACUGGAAACGCGAGAAAGCAUGACAAAUGGCCUGCAAACGAGGGAGCAGCUCUGUCUCUUGGCCUUCUAGCAAUACAAGUUGAUUUGUGUACUCAAAUACAACAGCACAAAUUUCCUUUGCGAUAUGGGAAGGGGAAUUUUUCCCUACAAUCACGGCAAGUACUACACCUACGAGGUGAAACCCUGCCAACCCCUCGUGUUGGGAAGACUGGACGAGUAUUUUUUUAUUUCUACUUGCAAUCAUGGUCAUGCAUUCUUUUGAGGUAAAUCAGCAUUACAGAUUUUAUUUCUCAUGCUGAGUUGGAAAUUCAAAUUUGUAUAUGCAUUUAUACGAUUACGAUGCUUCUGAUUGUAGUAGAGACGAGAUUGAGACGAGAUUUCGAAUAUCUUUACUUUUGAGUUGUGCUAGUACAUUGGUUUUUUUUUGUACUAGUUCGUUGUUCCCGUACGUUAUCUUUUAGUUAAUAAGUACACUAUCCUGGUGUUUUUGUUGAAGUGGGGCUUCUUGUUUCAUGUAGAAGGAUAGGUCGACGAGGUCGAGGAGCGAUCCUAUGUCGGAAUAUUAAACACAAAUAAACGGUAUAAAAAAUCCGUUGAAAUACUUAAUUAUCCCCAGGUUCAUCUACGAAGGGCACGACAACGGCCACGCCCGGCCGUUUCGGACCCUCUGCGAGAGGUGCUUGACAGUGGAUCCGCUGAACCGAGUAUGCAUUGCAAAUAUCGUCGAUCUGGGCGGUCUGGACGAUUUGUGAUGCGAGAUCUCACGAGUAAGAAAAUCUGUAAUGCAGGAAGGCAAUCGGCCACUUUUUGUUUCUGUUUUUUUGUCGUACUGGAAGCGUUUUAGUACAUAUGGAUACGUAUGGGCUUCGCGAAAAAAUCUCUGACGCUGUUAUGUGGUACGUGGACCUCCCACUAUGCAAUGAAAGUAUUAUCAGCAACACAAAAUGAAAUUUCCAGACCACCGUCAGACAUAUUUGCAAUGCAUACCGACUCUCGUCGCAACGAGCACUGUCGGAAGAUUUCUUCCACUUUUACCUGCCGGAGGACGACUAG